AUGGCGAAUUAUGCAAUUUCCAACAGGUUCAAUUUUCGUGCCGAGAGGUCUAAUGCGAUAAGCUAUACACUAGUAUGUGUGUCUGAAGAGUGUGAUUGGAAAUUUAGGGCAUCGAGCGUUGGUGGAAUUGUAAAACCAAAAGUAGCCAACCAUAAGAGGAAAUACACACCUAAUGAUAUAGCGGAGGAUGUAAGAAAUGAUCUUGGAAUGGAUGUGUCCUAUAUGGUCGCUUGGUGGGCUAAGGAAAAAGCAAUGAAGGAUGUAAUGGGUGAACCAUCGGAUUCUUACAAAAAAUUACCUGGGUACCUAUACAUCUUGGAUAAAACGUAUCCAGGUUCACAUAUAAGAAUGCGAAAAUCCGACGAAAACGAGUUUCUGUAUCUGUUUAUAGCAUUGUAUGCAUUCAUCAAAGGGUUUCAUUGUUGUAGGCCAAUUGUUGUAGUUGACGGGAGCCACCUCAAAACAGCAUACAACGGAACGUUCGUUUCAGCAAGCACGUUAGACGGUGCAGGUAAUAUACUUCCUUUAGCAUAUGGUGUAAUAGAUUCAGAAAAUGACAGGUCUUGGACGUGGUUCUUUGAGCGAUUCAGGGAAGCGUAUGGUGUGAGAGAGAACAUGUGUAUUGUUUCCGAUAGGCAUGAAAGCAUAAACAAAGCUGUUUCUAGAAUCUAUCCGAAUGUGCCGCAUUAUGCAUGCAUAUGA